AUGACAAAGGUCCAGAAUUGCAACACACCACAAAUUCAUGAUGUUGGCAGUCUGGAGCAGAAAAUCAUCGAGGAAAAAAGGCAAACGCGCAAGGAAAAGAAAGGUGAGUAAAGCUUGAAAUUAGCCGAGGAAACAGCUAACAGGGGAAGUACUCCAAGUGCGACGCUCAAAUUUUGAUGAAACUUGGCACAAAUUUAGAGUAUUUUUUCUAAAACAUAUGCGAGAAUUCUAGCUCGCGCUUUGCAAAUACAACCGAGAUUUUUAGAGCAAAAUUUGGCGAAAAUUUGACACUUUUUGCUGAAUUUAGGCACAAAAAGUUUCAUGCCUAUUUCAACCGUAAAGGAUAAUGUUUCUACAAAAAAUCAAAAUUUUCCGCGCGAAACUGUCAAAGUUAUGGCCAAAAAACACUUUUCUCUCUGAUCGCUCUCCGCUUUUAGCAUACUCUCUCGGCGGCAAACAUCUUUUGAUAUCUCGGCGGCGCUUGCAAAGCGCGAGCUAAAACUUUCAGGAAUUGAUACCUAGUUCAUGACCGCCGUCUGUGCAAAAUUUAAAGAAAAUCUGAGCGUCGCACUUGGGGUACUUCCCCUGUAAGUUUCAUCAAAAUCCGAGCGUCGCACUUCGGGUACUUCCCUUGUAAAUUGGGCAGGUCAGAUUUUGAGAAAACUAGCAUCAAGUUAAGACUAGACUUUCCCCUGACAUAUGCGAGAUUUUUGGCAUGCGCGUUGCAGAAGCCAUCAACAUUUGAAGGGGGAAAGUUGCUGAAGAUUCGGCGCAACAUACACAGGGACCGCUUGCAAUAUAACGCUCAGAUUUUCAUCAAAUUUGGCAAAAACUUACAAGGAAGAAUUGCAAAGAGAAGCCCAUUUAACUCUUUUUUUCAGCCUCAAUAAUCCGCUACAUCAGCCUGACCAUCCUUGUCAUUCAAUUCUCAUCCUAUGUCCUCGUUAUGAAAUAUGCAAACGAGAUUCCUAACCACAAAAAAUACGCCAGAUCCUCGGUUGUUCUCUUCACUGAGCUCAUCAAAUUCGCAAUUACUUCUGUUCUCUACUUUAUGUCAUGCAGAUCGCUGAAAAAGUAAGUUUUUUUUCAUAUUUAGUGAUGGUGUUGCUAGAGUAUGUGGACACUUAAUUUCACUGCUUUCAGGUUCCUUCGAGGCAUUCGAUACCAUUUUGUCUACGAUUUUGUGGACACGCUGAAGGUCGGGGUUCCAGCCAUCAUUUAUACAGCCCAAAACUAUCUACUUUACUUGGCCAUUGAACACAUCGACAGUACGACUUAUUUGGUAGGAAAUUUUAAUUUACUUUUUUUUGAUUUUUUUUAAUUUUAAUACGUCUUUCUGAACCGUAGGUGAGAUUGCUAAGCUGCGCUUUGCAGGAUUACAGAGAUUUUCUUUGGCCAAAAACCAAAAAUUUCGCAAUUCUUUAUGAGUUUUGUCGUAAAAAAAUCCGCAUGUUUUCUGCGGAUAAUUGGGAAUGUUUCCACAAAACAUUGAUUGUUAUAGCGCGAAAUAAGCAAAGGUAUGGCCAGAAAUGUGUUUUUCUCUGGCAAACUCUCCGCCUUUUCGUCCUCUCUCGUCGGCAAGGAUGCUUGAAUGCCUCCGUUUUAGUUUUCAUUUGAUUCCCAAAGGUUUUGACUGUGAUCACCAACAAUGCCCAUAUAUUUUCCUAUUUCAGGUGACCUACCAGACCAAAACGCUGACAACGGCCCUGUUUUCGGUUCUGAUGUUGCGCAAACGGCUCUCCGUUUCCCAAUGGAUCUCAUUGUUCAUUCUGAGUGCUGGAGUGGCCGUUGUGACCAUUGCUGUAAGCUACUAUUCAAAGACAAGUUUUUGUAAAAUACGAGUUACAAAAAGUCAGUAAUCAUUUUUUCAGAAGGAAAAGGCGACUCCAGCCAAGAUUGAUCUGCAACUUUCAAAUCUCACUGGCUUUUACAAUACUUCCUUUAAUUUUACUGGUCAAAACACUAAUGAUUUACUACUGGAUCACUCAAAUAUUGACCAUGUUAAGCAUGUUGCUAUUGGAAUUGGUGCUGUUUUAGUGGCUUGUGUUUUCUCCGGCUUCGCUGGAGUUUAUUUCGAAAAAGUUUUGAAAAAAUCCAAUGUCUCGUUGUGGAUGAGAAAUCUACAACUGUCAACGUUGGCCAUUCCAGCCGCUGUGGCAACUAUCUUUGUAAGUUUUUCCACAUUAAAAAAGCCGAGACGUAUUUUACAACUAAUAACAACUAAGCUGUAUAUGAGGUGCGAUGAAAAAUCUUUUUUAUAGGACAUACUUGCUUGACCUUUCAAAGGGAAGAGCUUCAAGCGCGACGCUUAGAUUUUAAUGAGAUUUAUUGCCCCUUGACCGGACGUUUUUCUAAUCCCUAUCCUAUAUUACGCUCUUUCAUAGACAACUAGGAUUUUUGGGCAGAAAACCGGUAAAUGUUCGACAAUCACAGAAAUGGCUCUCGGGCCGACCAGUACCAUAUAAGUUUCGAUUCGGUCCGACCCUUUCAAAGGAGCCGGCCAGUCUUCCCACGUCCGGCCGAGAGCCCUGUCUUGGUCAACCUUUACUAGUUCUGGCAGUUCAAAGAUUUGUACAGAAAAUGGAUUUUUAACUUGCGAAAUUGGGGGUCGCAUGCAACAAUCAUGCUCUCUCGACGGCAAGGAUUCUUGAAUAUCUGGGCUGCCGCUUCAAACAGCGAGCUAAAAAUUGUUGGAAAUUAUAUGUCAUCCUUAAUGCGUAUGUAAAAUUUAAACAAGUUAUGAGCAUCUGACUUAGGGAACCUCCUUUGCUAUAUCACUCUUAAGGCCUUGGCUGUUGUCAACUUUUUACAGCGUAUUUUAAUCCAACUCUUAACACCUUUCAGAUCUCCGACUACGAUCUUGUCCGAACUGAGGGCCUAGCCGCCGGCUUCAAUAUCUACAUCUGGUCGGCUGUUCUUCUGCAAGCCAUUGGAGGGCUCGUAAUCGCCGUUGUCAUCAAGUACGCCGACAAUAUCAUCAAAUCCCUGGCUUCUUCGUUGGCCAUCAUUGUCUCGGCCAUCGCUGUGGCUCUGCUUUUUAAUCGCUAUCCAACAAUUUUGUUUGGAUUUGGUACGGUUAUGGUUAUUUUCUCGGUCGUUAUGUAUUCGUAUUGCCCGGUGCGGAAGAACGAAGACGCGGGAAGUGAGAAUGAGCAGCCCGCAAUUACUAGAGAACUGUCCGAUUCGGAUUUAGUAAAGGGUGGAGAUAAAAAAAUCGCAAAUGAUAUCGCAGUGUUCAAGGUGUGA